AUGUCGGUGCACCGGCUGCUGUCUAUCUGCACAAUUGGCACUGUUGGACUAACAUGUAAAGCCUUUCUGAACGGAUUCUGCGCGUCCGUAAAGGUUACCGGGCUUCAACAUCUACUCAACGCACUUACCGACGCUGAACGAGACAAUGGACGGGGCAUCGUUACCACAUCCUCAGUUGCGAAUCAUAUUUCGACGCUGGACGAUCCGUUAAUAUGGGGUGCACUUCCUGCACGCUGCUAUUUCAAGCUACGCGAUAUGCGCUGGGCUCUCGGAGCUUCCGACAUCAUGUUCACAAACCCUGUUUUCUCCGCGUUCUUUCGUAAGGGCCAUGUCUUAGAAACGUUCCGCGGUAAUGGUGUUUUUCAGCCCGCGGUCGAUACAGCGAUUGCGAAACUGGACAAGGGGGAGUGGAUACACCUCUUCGGAGAGGGGAAAGUAAACCAGCCGUAUCAAUAUGAACUCUUGCAGAGCACGGAGGUGGCUGGUGGAUCGAGCGGCAAGGGAAACUUAGUUGCCAGGUUGCCGCGCUUCAAGUGGGGAGCAGGUCGCAUCCUUAUGGAAGCUCAGCGUCUACCAGUCAUCAUUCCUAUGUGGAUAUCUGGAUUUGAAAACGUGAUGCCUGAACCCCGGCCACAAAGCUUCCCGGCAAAAUUCCUACCUCGGCUACGCCAAUCCCUCAGUAUCACCUUUGCACCACCGCUCGACCACUCACGUCUAUUCGAGAUACUGAAAGCAGCGCGAAGUUCCGACAGCAUGCCACUAGUCAAUCAAAAUGUGGUUAACAAGAAUGCUGAUAGAAACGCGGACAAGAUGAAGGAUCCUGAUACAACCGAGAAACGACGGGUGCAAGAGGCGCUGACCGCUGUGCUACAGCGAGCAGUGGAACAACUGGGAUAUGCUACUUCUGGACCUCUACUUGGGUAUCCGCCUAGCACGGACUUGGGUCCAAAGCGUUUCACUGAAAGAUCAUGA